CACAAUUCUAUUGGAUCCCAUAUUUGCCUCCUUAGCAGAGCUGCUCACUUCAUCAUCUUCCUUCACACCCAUUAUUCAUUAGUCUCUCUUCUUCCUCCAAGUAAUCCCAAACAAGAAGAAAAAACCACAAGAAGUUGCUUGCUGCUUGCUUCACUGCAAAAAUCCGGUCCGAUCAGAUCCAAUCCAAUGGCAGCAACCAUAGCAACGACAAUGGCCAUGCUCAAUGCCAAGUGCUUCUCCAAUUCCAAACCUCUCAAGCCAACCCCCAAACCCGCCGCUACUCUUCUCUCCCUCCCCAGCCUCCCAAAAGCCCCAUCCUCCUCAUCCAAAUCAUUGAACCAUGACAAUCCGACCCUUUCAGCUGCACUUGCUGGAGCCAUCUUCACAACACUCAGCUCAUCUGAUCCGGCCAUGGCGUCCCAGCAGAUCGCCCAGAUAGCAGAGGGGGAUAACCGGGGCCUCGCGCUCUUGCUGCCGCUCAUCCCAGCAAUUGCCUGGGUGCUGUUCAACAUCCUGCGCCCGGCACUGAACCAGAUCGACAGAAUGAGGAGCACCAAAGGUGUAAUCAUUGGGCUUGGACUCGGGGGGCUGGCCGCUUCACAGUUCAUUGCAACUACUCCCCAUGCAUCGGCUGCCGCAGGUGCUAGUGAAAUCGCUAUGGUAGCUGAUGCUGCAAGUGACAAUAGGGGCCAGCUUCUGCUCUUUGUCAUUGCACCAGCUGUUCUUUGGGUGCUGUAUAAUAUCCUGCAGCCUGCUUUGAACCAGAUCAACAGGAUGAGGUCUUAGUGAUGAUAUAUAGAUUUUGCCAUGCUUGGAGAAUUAUCAAUCUAAUUUGUACUUGCACCUUUCUUUAAUGAAACCUUUUGUUGUACAAUGCUUGGAGAAUAUGUCUAUAUUGUUGAAAUUUUUUUGAGCUUA